AUGGCCAUCUUCAGCUGGCUUCGUCAAUUCGGUGGCCAACAGGCCUCUCGGGCUGACGAGGACUACUUUUCGAAGGAUGUUCUUCCCAAAACUAUUGAGCCCGCAGUAUUCUCUGUUCCUGGAACAUCGUGUCCCAGUACACCAUUCCCAGAAACUCCUAAUACUGCGGUGGCUUCUCCUACUGGGAGUGAACAAACCUUAGUUUUGGGGAAGCUUCCAGAGGAGUUUGGCCGACUGGCAUCUUGGAGAGGCUCCUUGAUCUUGCUGGUGACUUCAGGCUCCCAAUUUCUUGACAACGUUUUCAUGACGAGUUCUAACAUGGCGCUGGCGUCGAUUCAAGAAGAAUUCGACGUGACUAGCUCCAACUUGCAAUGGAUGAUUUCUGCGUACACCUUGACAUUUGGCGGUUUCCUCUUGUUGGCGGGAGCUUUGUCGGAUCGCUAUGGCAGAAAGAGGAUCCUUUGUCUGGGUUUAUUCUGGUUAUCAGUGUGGACACUGGCCAUUGGGUUUGGACAGUCAUUCUUUCAACUCACAGUCUUCCGUGGAAUCCAGGGAAUUGGCGCCGCAAUGACUGUUCCAUCCGCAAUUGGGAUCAUCAGUUCUUAUUUCACUGGUGUUGACCGUACCCGGGCACUCUCAAUCUAUGCCGCUUCUGGUACUUUAGGCUUUUGUGCGGGCCUCAUCUUUGGUGGCUUCCUGACGUCGUCUUUGGGAUGGAGGUAUAUCUUCUACAUCAUUGUCAUCAUCACCGGCUCUUUGGGGACGUUAGGUCUUAUUGUUCUGCCUCGCGAUCGCGUGAAUACCAAAGCGAGAGCUAGAAUGGAUUACCUCGGGGCCGUUCUUUCCACAGCUGGACUCAUCUUGCUCCAGUUUGUUCUCUCUGGCGGAGGUAUCUAUGGUUGGGAUCAGCCAUUCAUCAUUGUCCUUUUGAUACUUGCCGUUGCCAUGCUUGUUGGGUUCGUCCUGCUGGAAAAAUACAUCAGCAAUCCGUUGAUGCCGCUUUCGCUCUGGAAGAUUCGCAACUUCGCUGGUCUUUGGGUCGCAGGCUUCACCUGCUACGGAAGUUAUCAGAACGUCAUUUACUAUAUUGUACUGGCAGCCCAGCAAGUGGAUAAGCUAUCCGCUGGAGAUACUGCGCUUCGAUUCUUGCCGAUGGGUGUUAUUGGAUUCAUCGUAUCCCUUGGUACUGGAAAGCUUCUCGAGUACAUGAACGGAAAAUACUUGCUUUUAGCAGGACUCAUCCUCACCGUCGUGGCCCCAAUCCCGAGCGCUUUGACUGUGACUUCAACAACCGACUUUUGGGUGAAUGUUCUUGCCACGUCACUUAUCAGUAUCUCUGCUGUGUCUCUUAUUUUUGUUACGACAAGCACGACAAUUCUGACGACAGUUCCAGUCGAGGUCAAAAGUUUGUGUGGUGGAAUGUUGAACACUGCAUUCCAGAUCGGCUCCGGUGUCGCGUUGGCCAUCUCUGCUGCCACCACAGAGGCAGUCGACAUCGAAAAAGGGCACGGCAUCGCGCAGCAAUACUCUACCGGACUUUGGUGCUCUACCGGGCUUGCCGGUCUUGGUCUCAUUAUUGGGCUCAUUGCCGUCCGACGACGGGGAAUUGGUCCAAAGGACAGGAUUGGCGGCCCCGUGGCCCUGUAA